AUUGGCGCUCUAUUUUAAACUGGUAAUCUUAUUGGUAGGGCCCUGUUAUAAAAACGCCCUAUUACACAGGGUGUUUGUGAAGGGCGCUGAUUUUGUUAGAGGAAGCUGCAACGUUCGUAAAGUCACUGAGAUACGCAGAAUGAAGGGUCAUGUGCUGAGCAUCUUUGUCUUCUGUGCAGUUCUUGCAACUGCUUACAGCCUCAAGUGCUACUCUUGUUCGGGAUCCGAAGAGAAAUGUAGCAAGAGCAAACUGGAAGCAAAUAAAGCCAACAUGUCGGUAGACUGCUCAGACGGUGAAUGCAUAAGGACCUGGGUCAAAAAAGACAACCAUACCGUAACCAUUGUGGAUAACUUUUGUAGCAGCACCUGUGAAGAAAUAAAAAAGGCUUGUGACGCGUUUAAAGACGGGAAAUGCGCAGUCGGCUGCUGUGACUCCGACUACUGUAACGCGGGGUCUGUAUAUUCUUCCAGUGUAAUCCUGAUGAUCGUUACCUCUGCCUUGGGUCUGGCACUACUGAAUUAGGCUGGUAAAGAAGAAGGAAUCCUAGCACGUUGAUAUACGUAGAUUUUUUUUUCGUAUUGAGGUUUUCCAUGUGUAUGAAACCCUUAACGGUUUCAAAACAAAAAGUUAGAGAAGGAAAUUUGUAGUUGGCUUUUUUAUGUUUUAUUGUGUGAUCUCAACUUAUCAAGUUCUUCGCUACUUUAUGGUGAAAAAUGCUUGAGUUACUACACUGAUGUAGUUUCAACGGUCUUUUUGAUAUUAAAUGGAUUCAAUUAA